AUGUCAGAGGAUCCUAAAUCUGAGCCAGUGCAUAUAAGAGUGCCGUUAAAUACGCAUCCUUCUCACUUGAAUACACCUGGUACGAGGUAUGGUACAGUCAAUACGGGAACAGGGGGUGAAGAUUUGGCAGGUAGUUAUUAUUACAGUGCAGGGGGAGAAUCCAUGAACAGUACACCGAUCCAAAUAUUACCCAUUGAUUAUACCUUGACUCAAACACUCUCUCAAAGUGCCAGUCAUUUCACAUCCUUAUCUCGACAUACCACCGUUGCAUCCGUUAUCUCUCAACAGUUUAAUACCUCUCAACAACAACAUGAUCCACAUUACACACAAAGUCCUAUCCGAUCCACAUUCAUCCAAUCCAUUUUUAACUCCAUUAUGUCUUGGUUGGCAUCGGUGUAUUGGCCUUACCCUUGGGUUUUCGUUGUGCAGGUUGGUUCUUUGGUUCCAUCAUCUUUUCUUUUGUGUCUUGCUACCAAUUAUACCGCUAAAUUAAUCGCCAAGUGUCUGGACUAUUACCCUAAUUCAACCACCUAUGGUGAUAUGGGUGCCGCUGCUUUCGGUCAUCGUGGUAGAACUUUUGUCAGUACCAUCUUUGUUGUUGAGCUCAUGACCAUUGGUGUGGCUAUGGUGGUCUUGCUGGGUGAUGGUAUUGAGUCCUUGUUUCCAAACAUUGACAUGCUGUCUAUCCGUAUAGGUUCAUUCAUCGUAUUAACUCCCAUGUUAUUCUUACCUAUUCGUAAACUGGCCUAUACAAGUUUAAUCGGUAUCAUUAGUUGUGCCUGUCUUGUCACCAUUGUUCUUUACGAUGGUAUCUCUAAAAAGACCAAGCCUGGAAGUUUAAUCGAACCCAUGGAUACAGAAAUUAUUCCUUCCGUCAUGUACAAUGUACCACUUAGUUUCGGUUUGAUGAUGGCAGGAUUUGCAGGUCAUGCUGUAUUCCCUGCUAUUUACCGUGAUAUGGAAGAACCUAAACGGUAUGAAAGUAUGGUAGAUAUCACUUAUGUGAUUACGGUAGGUGUGUAUAUUACAAUGGCUGUAGCGGGAUAUGCCAUGUUUGGCCUAGACACCAUGACAGAGAUCACGCAAAAUUUAGCUGCGACACCGGGAUAUUCAAAAUGGAUAAACCGUCUUGCGAUUUGGUUGAUUGUAUUAACGCCACUUGCGAAAUAUGGUUUGAUGAUGAAUCCUGUGAGUGUGACCUGGGAGUUAUGGAUCACGAGUUAUGCCAAUGUAGAACUCUGGUGUAAGUAUCAUGGAUGGCGUAGAUCCUUUUUAGGUGCUGUAGGUCGUAUUUUAGCAAGUACCGUGGUUGUUCUUGUAGCUACAGUUUUUCCAGGCUUUGACCGUGUGAUGUCGUUGUUGGGGGCGUUGUUCAGUUUUGGUAUUUCCGCUAUUUUCCCUCUUGUUUGUUAUCUUCGAUUGUUUGGAGAGGAUUUAGGAUUCAAGGAUAAAAUGUUGAUUUAUAGUAUAUUAUCUGUCUCGGUUGUCAUGGCUGCUUUAGGAACCGUCUGGAGUUUCUUACCCAAUAACCUUUAACUCAUUUUUCUUUCUCAUGAUUAGCAUUUAGACAACAAAAAUUUUUUUAAAAAAAAGAAUUACAAACAUUAUAUUAUUCUUAAAAAAAAAAAUGGUGAUAUAAUAAAAAGAUUAAAAA